UGCACGGUCACAGUAGCCUGCUCUCCAGCGCGCACUCAUCCACCUGUUGUUGUUGUUGUUGUUCCAUUGACUCCGGACCACCGAACCUACUGACAGGACGCAAACAUGGGACAAGACGCGAGACCCAACUGGGAUAACCCCUUACAGUUUAUUUUGGCAUGUGUAUCCUAUGCAGUCGGACUUGGGAACGUGUGGAGGUUUCCAUACCUCUGUCAAAUGCACGGUGGAGGGGGGUUCUUGAUUCCUUAUUUCAUCAUGCUGAUUCUGGAGGGUAUUCCAUUGUUCUACAUGGAGCUUGCCAUUGGUCAGAAGAUGAGUCUCGGUAGCAUCGGGGCUUGGACUGCCAUCAGCCCUUAUUUAGGAGGAGUGGGUCUUGCCAGUGUGGUCACAUCCCUGUAUCUGUGUCUCUAUUACAACGUCAUCAAUGCAUGGAGUUUCUGGUACCUCUUUCAUUCAUUUCAAUCCGUCCUUCCUUGGUCAGUUUGCCCCAUGAAUUCUAACCGGACAGGACCAAUAGAGGAGUGUGAAAUUGCUACACCCACCCAGUACUUCUUCUACAGGGAAACACUGAACAUCUCUCCUUCUAUUGAAGAGCACGGAGGCGUUAGUACAGGCCAGGCAAUGUGCCUUGUGCUGGCCUGGAUUCUAACCUACCUGUUCAUUGUGCGAGGAGUAAAGUCAACUGGAAAGGUGGUGUACUUCACCUCCAUAUUUCCAUAUGUGGUCCUCUUCAUCUACCUGAUACGGGGCAUCACUCUUCACGGGGCCAUCAAUGGUGUCAAAUACAUGUUCACACCAAAUCUGGAACAGCUUCUCAACCCGACUACAUGGAUCAAUGCGGCCACUCAGAUCUUUUUCUCACUCGGUCUGGGUUUUGGGACGCUCAUAGCUUUUGCCAGCUACAACCAUUACAACAACAAUUUUGAGCGCCAAGCCAUCAUUGUUGCCCUGAUCAACUGUGGAACCUCCAUCUUUGCCAGCAUCGUCACCUUUGCUAUCUAUGGGUUCAAGGCCACCGUCAACUACGAGAACUGCCUGGAGAGGACACGCUUACUGCUGCUGAAUACUUUUGAUCUAGCAGAGGACAGCAUGAGCAUCGACCAGGUCUUUGACUGGAUUGAGAAGCUGAACGCAACAUAUCCACUGCAGUUUGCUGAAAUCACCAACCAACUGGAACACUGUAACCUGGAGAGUGAACUAGACACUGCAGUGGAGGGGACAGGGCUGGCCUUCAUUGUGUACAGUGAGGCCAUUAAGAACAUGCCGUUACCCCAGCUGUGGUCAGUGCUGUACUUCUUCAUGCUGCUGCUGUUGGGGAUGGGCAGCAUGUUGGGCAACGUCACCGCCAUCAUCACCCCGCUGCGAGACUUCAAGCUCGUGUCUCACCUGAGCGACGAGCUGCUCAACGGUUUGGUGUGUGUGUUUUGUAUGCUGCUCGGCCUGGGCUUCACCACCACGUCAGGGAAUUACUGGUUCACCAUGUUUAACGACUAUGGAGCCAAUUUCUCCCUGCUCUUCAUCGUCCUCAUCGAGGUCAUAGCUGUCAGUUACAUAUAUGGCAUUAAAAGGUUUGAGAAAGACAUAGAAGACAUGAUAGGUCAUCGUCCCAACUGGUACUGGAAGAUCAUGUGGGCAGGAGUCAGUCCCGUUGUUCUUAUCACUCUCUUCAUCGUCUACAUUGUCAACUACAUCAGAGGAGGGACGCCCACCUACCAAGCAUGGAACAAAGAGCUGGGUAAAUCGGUGGCGACGGACUAUCCUGUCUUUGGUCAAGUGUUCAUCGGCCUGCUAAUGAUGUCGUCCGUCAGCUGUGUUCCCCUCACAGCUCUGUAUGUGUUCUGCAGGAAGAGGAAACGUGGAAACCAGCCCAAGAGGCGUGCCGUCAGCACAGUAUCUACUUAACCUCUAGCACCACCUCCCUUCCUUUCCUAGACACUAAAUCUCUGUCCUUCAGCUGAACGCAGCAAUGAUGUUUAAUUUUAUGGUGUUGGGUAUUUUAAGGUGGAUUUUUUUUACUUAAAGUCAGACUUGUGAGCCUGAUUCCAAUCCAUGCUCUUCCAUACUGUGCAGUGCAACUAUGCAACAUGGUACAAGUGUAGAUAAAGUUUUAUUAUGCUAAACAUUUAGAGCAUGUGUAAAUGUAUAAAGUCAUGUAGCUUAUUCAAUGGGUUAUGAUAUGUAGUGUUUUAGAUAGUCAGUAGUUUUUUCAUCAGUGUUGGUUCAUAGUCAUAGUUCAUGUUAGUUCAUAGUCAGCCUCAAUACUAAUUCCUCUUAUUGAUGGAGUAAGCUAGUUUAGGGGCAAAUCAGGUUUAUUUGAAAAGAUUUAAAAUCACAAAUAAAAUGUUAGUUCAGCAAUAGGAUUACAGAAGCUGCAGCAUUACGAGUAGACCUUGUUUUGGCAAUUUCCUCUGUUUCAGGAUAUUUUUAAGUGACAGUAUUUUGAAUCAGGAGGAAAAGGAGCCAUCUACACGACCUAAACAAAACUUUUUAUUCCCAAAGAUUCAAGAUUGAAUAGGCCCUAUUAUGCUUUUAGGGGGUUUCCCUUUCAUGUGGUGUGUUAUUUAGGUUUUAUGCAUGUACAUGUUCUGCAGAGGCCAUCACAUUAGAGGCACUUAAUACAAAUAUGAACCUGAAUAUGAGCAUAAUAUGUCCUCUUUAAACAACUUAAUGUAGUUUUGGAAACUGCACAAACAUCACACAACUAGUUUUAAUAAAAUAAUAUGUUAGACUCAAUUAUAAAGUGUAAAACUUUACAGCAGUUAUGUCAUAAUAGAGUGUAUUGUCUCCUUUAAGCAGAUUAUGUUAUAUAUGUAUUCUUUGGUAAGAAGGUUGUACAAAUGACAUAUGUUUCCUUUAUAUUACGUUUUUUAUUGGAUCUACUUUUAUAUCUGCUUUGAAAAGGCUGGCAUCUGCUACAUGUAUGUACCUUAUCUAUAAGAGAUGUGUUUAAACAGAGAGCACAUGAAGUCAAUUGUCAAUAUAUAAUUUUAAUAUUGUCUUCAAGCCUUCAAAUGUUUGAAAUGUGUACAUACUGUAGAUAGUUGUGUCAUCUAAUGGGCGAAUGAUAAGAAUAUUCCAUUAUGUGAUUUUGUUCUGUGCCAAUAGCUUAAUGAGACGUAAGUAACUACCACAGAGAAUGAACUGCCAUUAAAGAAUAGAUGUGUCAAGAACA